UCCAAACAGUGACAAAUUAUCAAAUCGAAUGGUCCUCAAAACCCAACUCUUGAGAUCAUUCUGGAAUCUCUUCUCUAACCUUCUCCGCCUCUCUUAUCUUCUUAGUUCUUCCCAACCCCAAACCCAACUCAGCUUUUGUUGCCUUUGCUUUCUCCCCAUUUCAAACUCUGUCUCUCUGGGAAUUUUGGGUUCUUCUCAGUUUAUCCACUUUCAAUUCCUUCUUCUUUUGAUUGCUAUUUUAAUUAGUUACAUCUGAAAAAAAAAAGAAAAAAAAGAAAUGGCUUCCUCAACUGCCCAAAUCCAUGUCCUUGGUGGUAUUGGUUUCGCUUCUUCAAGAAAACCCAACCACCAUUCACCCAGAACGGUUUUCUUGGGCCAAAGACUGCACAAAAAGUCGCCGUUGAACGCCGCUUUCCUACGACUCGCUAAGACCAACAACAACGGUAAACGCUGCAGCGUUGGGCCAGUGAGAGUUGUGAACGAGAAAGUGGUCGGAAUCGAUCUCGGGACUACUAACUCGGCGGUGGCGGCCAUGGAAGGAGGGAAGCCCACUAUUGUAACGAAUGCUGAAGGGCAGAGGACGACGCCGUCCGUGGUGGCGUAUACGAAGACUGGGGAUAGGUUAGUAGGGCAGAUAGCGAAACGACAAGCCGUUGUGAACCCUGAGAACACGUUUUUCUCUGUGAAAAGGUUUAUUGGAAGGAAGAUGUCGGAAGUGGAUGAGGAAUCGAAACAGGUUUCUUAUAAGGUUAUUAGAGAUGAUAAUGGGAAUGUUAAGCUUGAUUGUCCUGCCAUUGGUAAACAAUUCGCCGCCGAGGAAAUCUCAGCUCAAGUUUUGAGAAAGCUUGUCGAUGAUGCUUCGAAGUUUUUGAACGAUAAAGUGACCAAAGCUGUUGUUACUGUCCCUGCUUACUUCAAUGAUUCCCAAAGGACUGCCACAAAGGAUGCUGGUCGAAUUGCUGGGUUAGAAGUUCUUAGGAUUAUCAAUGAACCUACUGCUGCCUCUCUGGCAUAUGGGUUUGAGAAGAAGAACAAUGAAACCAUCCUUGUGUUCGAUCUCGGAGGUGGUACCUUUGAUGUCUCAGUGCUUGAGGUUGGUGAUGGAGUGUUUGAGGUGCUCUCUACAUCUGGAGACACACAUUUAGGUGGUGAUGACUUUGAUAAGAGAAUUGUAGACUGGCUUGCUGAAAACUUUAAGAGGGAUGAAGGCAUAGAUCUUUUGAAAGACAAACAAGCUCUUCAGCGGUUAACUGAGACAGCUGAGAAAGCUAAAAUGGAGUUAUCUUCUUUGACUCAGGCAAACAUAAGUUUACCUUUCAUUACUGCCACAGCAGAUGGACCUAAACACAUUGAGACCACCAUAACCAGGGUUAAAUUUGAGGAAUUGUGCUCAGACCUACUUGACAGGCUAAAGACACCCGUAGAGAAUUCUUUGAGGGAUGCUAAACUUUCCUUUAAAGACAUAGAUGAGGUUAUCCUUGUUGGUGGAUCAACACGUAUUCCUGCUGUUCAGGAACUUGUGAGGAAGAUGACUGGCAAGGAACCGAAUGUGACAGUCAACCCAGAUGAAGUUGUUGCCUUGGGGGCUGCAGUUCAGGCUGGUGUUUUAUCUGGAGAUGUCAGUGAUAUUGUGCUUUUGGAUGUGAGUCCUUUGUCACUUGGUCUAGAAACUCUUGGUGGUGUUAUGACCAAAAUUAUCCCAAGAAACACUACGCUGCCAACCUCCAAAUCAGAAGUGUUUUCAACUGCUGCUGAUGGUCAGACAAGUGUCGAGAUUAAUGUACUCCAAGGUGAAAGAGAGUUUGUUAGGGAUAACAAAUCUCUUGGCAGCUUCCGUCUCGAUGGUAUCCCACCAGCACCACGUGGGGUUCCACAGAUUGAAGUCAAAUUUGACAUUGAUGCCAAUGGUAUCCUCUCUGUCACUGCUGUUGAUAAGGGAACUGGUAAGAAGCAGGACAUCACUAUCACCGGUGCAAGUACCUUGCCAAACGAUGAGGUUGAUCGAAUGGUGAAGGAAGCUGAGAAGUUCUCGAAGGAGGAUAAGGAGAGAAGAGAUGCUAUAGACACAAAGAACCAGGCUGAUUCUGUUGUCUACCAGACUGAGAAGCAGCUGAAAGAGCUCGGAGACAAGGUUCCCGGUCCAGUGAAAGAGAAAGUAGAGGCAAAAUUGCAGGAGCUUAGGGAUGCAAUUUCAGGGGGCUCAACACAAGGUAUGAAGGAUGCCAUGGCUGCCCUCAACCAAGAAGUGAUGCAGCUUGGCCAGUCACUCUACAACCAACCCGGUGCAGCAGGAGGUCCUGGUGGACCUGCACCUGGUGGUGAAACUGGACCUUCAGAUUCAUCAAACAAGGGGCCUGAUGGGGACGUAAUUGAUGCAGAUUUCACAGACAGCAAAUAAAAAGGUAGUGUUUGAACCAGGUACGAGAAUUGUGUUUUUUUUGUGGAUCGUUGAUGUGGGGGAGGGGGGUGGAUUGAAUUUCCUAUCAAUUUUGUUCCUUGGUAGUGAAAGAAAACAAUUGGUUUUAGGAGUAGAGAGGAUGAAGCACGAAAUAUAGAAUGCAUAUGGGUGUUUAAAGCCCAGGAACAUUGUUUCAAUUGUCAAUGGGUUUCUUGAUUUGGCUCCUAUAUUGAAGGAAUGAAAGUUAAAAGUCUUUAGGGUCUA